AUGGUGUUUUUCCCUACACAGUUUGCUGAGAGCCUGCAAGUAUCCAUUGAUAAGCGACGAGACAUAGGUCGCCUUUGGACCCUUCGUCCCCCUGAGUCAUACGCCGAGCUUGUCAAUUUCACAUCCAAUGAUUUUUUGUCCUUGAACUCUGGAGUUCACCGCGAAGAAACCUUGAAUGAGAUUCAGCGGAAUCCUGAUUUCAAAAUCGGGGCUGGCGCCAGCCGCGUAGCGGACGGAACCUCAGCAUACACCUUCGCGCUGGAACAGUGGCUGGCAGAAUUCCACAACGCGGAGUCCUGCUUGUUGUUCAAUUCUGGGUAUGAAGCAAAUGUGGCCAUAUUCAACGUUCUUCCCAGACCCGAUGAUAUCAUUGUCCAUGACAGUGCAAUCCAUGCGAGUACUCAUGUCGGCAUGCGUGGUAGCCGGGCGUCGUUGAUCAAAGCCUUCGAGCACAAUGAUCCUGCAUCACUGAAGGCUGUUUUACUUGGGAUCCUCCAAUCCGACCCUGCGGUUGCAAAAGGUGAGAAAACUGUCUUCCUCGCAAUUGAGUCCAUUUACAGCAUGGACGGGGACAUAGCUCCAGCUGUCGAGAUUGUGCAAUGUGUCAAAGAAUGUCUUCCGCUUAAAAACGCUGUUUUGGUGGUCGAUGAGGCUCACUCAAAUGGAAUUAUGGGACCCCAGGGCAGGGGGUUUAUUUCCGAUCUUGGACUUGAGAAUGAGUUUGCCAUUCGCUUACAUACCUUCGGCAAGGGAAUCAAUGCCCAAGGUGCCGCAAUACUAUGCCCUCCUGUGGUAAAGGACACUCUGGUCAACUACGCCCGAAACUUCAUAUUCACUACCGCUCCCGCAUUCCUUACCAUGGCCACUGUCAGGGCGUCCUAUAACGUCAUUGCAAGUGCAGAAGGAGCAAAGAGGAGGGAGAUUCUUCAAGAGCGAGUGCACCAAUUCUAUCGUUCUCUCACUCGGCAUGCACUGUGGAACAUUUCGUGCAAAAAGGAUCGGCUACGAGUAGCCGCCGCUUCGAACUGGAAAUCCAUGGCCUUUAUUUCACCUAUUGUUCCUCUCCUGACUAAAGGCGGCCUGUCUCACAGUCUGGAAGACUGGCUCACCGAGAAAGGCUUUUUCACAAUCGGGGUGGGCUUUCCUGUUGUUCCGAAAGACAAGGAGCGUGUUAGAUGCAUCAUACAUGCCGACCACACGGAGGUUGAAAUUGACAGCCUCGUUGAUGCUAUAGUCACAUGGGGGGCGGACGCUCAUACCUGA